AAAAAUUCUCUCCUUUUCUCCACCGACGCCGCACCUGUCUUAGCCGUUCCCAAACCAAUCCCCUCUUCCCCAGUCCGUCGUCCCCCUUGUCGUUUGCGCAGGAGAAAAGGAGCACCGCAGCCCGCAGCCCGCAGCCAGAGAGACGACGACGAGGCAUCCAAUGGCCGAUACCUACGUGACCGAGGUGACCUUCGGCAACGACGUGAUAACCACCACCGUCACAUCCUCCGGCCAGGCCGUGGAUCGCUGGAUCGCGGAGAUCCUCUCGGUGCACCGCCCCGGCGGCGUCGGCUACAACAUCACCGUCGGGCUCGACGUCGAGUGGCGCCCAAGCUACCGCUCGUACCAGAACCCGGUGGCCACACUGCAGCUCUGCGUGGGCCGCAGCUGCCUCAUCUUCCAGCUCCUCCACGCCGACUACGUCCCCGGCGCGCUGGCGGAGUUCCUCGGCGACCGCGGGAUCUGCUUCUUCGGCGUCGGCGUGGCGGCGGACGCGGAGCGGCUCAGCGACGACCACGGCCUGCAGGUGGCCAACGCGGUGGACCUGCGCGGCCGCGCCGCGGAGUGCAUGAACCGCCCGGACCUCCGCCAGGCGGGGCUGCGCGCCCUCGUGCAAGCCGUCAUGGGCGUGGACCUCGCGAAGCCGCAGAGGGUCACCAUGAGCCGCUGGGACGCGUACUGCCUCAGCCACGAGCAGAUCAGGUACGCCUGCGUCGACGCCUUCGUCUCUUUCGAGAUCGCCCGCAGGCUGCUUGACGGCGAGCACUGAUCGACGCGGCGAGGUGCUGUGACUGCCCCUCGCGUGUGAUUGCCGUAAACUCGCGUUGCUUAAUUCUAGCCUAUCCUAGUUUAGUUCGUUGAACUUUGCUUGCAGACAAUUUGUGCUAGUGUGUUCAGAUUUGGUUAUUGCUGCAUUUGCAGACAAUUCAGGGAUUUGGUUAUUGCGUAAUCUGUUGCCCACUGUUUAUUUUUUUUUA